CAUCUAAUACCACUAACUCUUCUAAAAUAUCCAAUACCAAAACAACUAAUGCUGAUAUUUCAACAUAUAUCACUAACCCUUCUAUUAAUUCUGAUAAUAUCGCUAACCCUCCUACUCUUGAUGAUAAUAAUUAUUUUGAUUAUGAUUCUUCAGAUUCUAUUGCAAGCAUUCAUAGUAUUUUUUCAAAAAUGAAAAAUAAUCAAUAA